UCAAAAUUCGCACGAUACUUGCUUCUACAUUAGAAGUUGUUCAUCAAAUCAACAGUCACGUCCUUGAUUUGAUGCCAGGGGUGAUCAAGGAUUACUACAGCUCAAACACUGUCAAUAGGUCCGAAAUUCAUGACACCAAUGUAGUCGAUAUCCUCACACCCGAGUUUCUCAGUUCAAUGAGUACCUCAGGGUUACCUAACUAUCACAUUAGGUUGAAGGUAGGAACACCUGUUAUGCUUAUGCGUAACAUAGAUCAGUCGGAGGGUUUGUGUAACGACACUAGGGUGAUGAUAACUAAGAUGAGCAACCAUGUUAUAGAGGAAAAAAUAAUGUCCGGAAAGGGUUAUGGAAACUUGGUAUACAUCCCUCGAAUGGACAUGUCUCCCUCUCAGUCCCCUUGGCCUUUCAAACUUAAACGACGUCGAUUCCCAAUAGUUGUUUCAUAUGCAAUGACGAUCAAUAAAUCUCAAGGACAAUCUAUGGAUACAGUCGGACUUUAUUUGCCAAGAGAGGUAUUUACUCAUGGCCAAAUCUACGUAGCACUAUCUAGGGUCACAACCAAGCAAGGAAUAAAAAUAUUGGUAUAUGAUGAAAACGACAAGUUAAAGUCGACUACUACCAACGUAGUGUAUAAAAAGGUUUUCAACAAUAUAUAGAUGAUCCUUAUUUAAGGUAAUUCAAAGCUUAAUUUAACUUUGAGGCAAUAUUUAUGCUUAUACCAAUUCGAAAUGCUAACUCUGGUAAUUAUUUAAAUGUUGUCAGUGCAGCCUAAAUCCUCCAUUGAACUCUACAAUGUUGCCUAUGUAAAUAUGCCUUAGGAAACAACUGGACACUAAUGUUGGUCAUGAUAGUACACACUUACUUUUUUUGGUAUAUGUACUCUAAGAUAUUCAUCAUUAAUCUUCUAAGGACGUGAAAAGUUUUAAGGCCUAAGGGCAAGAAAACUCUAACGUACUGUAAGUUCUGAGUGCAAUAGAUUUUGGUUUUCAAAAUAUAUAAAUAUCUACCUUAUCCAAUUACCAUCAUGACUUAAUAUAUAUAGCAAAAUUUUAUUGAUAACCUGUUAUCAUAAACUAUCCAUUAAAAGUGCAAGGAUAUCAUGUUUUGUUGUUCUUUAUUUCUUACACUUAUGGAAGUAAAUACACAUAACAUGUUUUUUCCAAGGAAGUAACGUCUAACCUAAAUUGAAUUCUAUCUCCGCAUUUGAAGUUGUUGGACUAGCAGAAUUCGUCCCAUCCAUGUCCUAAUUUUGUGCGGCGAGGACCUGAAAUGUUUAAUGGCGACAUCAAUUUAUUCUUCCCAUUGCCACUACACAUCACAAUAAAUUAAUAUCCAUACUCUCUUAGUACGGUCGCGAAAGCCUCUUGCAAUUUCUACAAAACAAAAAAAUUUAGUUUUUGGUUUUACAUGUUGGUGACGCACAAAUUGAAAGAAAUGGCUGGAUGAGCACUCAACUAAUUUAGGCAGAUCUACACUGAAAGAGAUCAGAUCUAUAUCAAAAAAUAUAUAUCUUUGCCUGAAACAGGUAUCUACUAUGAAAACGUGGUAAAUCUUGGGGUCUCACCACCUCCUUAAAUGAUAAAAUACCAUAGUUGUUGUUACCAUAAUACCCAACUGUCAAUACUACAUCAGAAGGUAGUUUGUAAUACGAUUCCAUACAAGGCCACCCAUUAAUAACGAGCGGAUGAAACUCAAUUUGGUUUAUAUAUCAGUUCAUGGUGUACACUUUGGUUAUUCAUUAUUGUCCAAUACUUGGAAAUUUGGUCUCUGUGCGUUUUCACAAAAUAUGGUUGAAUCUCUGGAUAUGACUGAAAAAAUGAAUGAUACAAAUAAUUAUAUUUGAAGAACAAAAAUAUGCGUAUAACAAUCUCUAAACACCAUGAAUUUAACC